AGAUAUCAAUUUUUUAUUUUUACAAAAUUAAUGCCUGAAUAAAGGUAUUCUCGUCUGUCUCAGACUCUCAGCUGCCCUGGUCGUAACCUAUUCUAACAUCCGCGGGAAAGCUCGUACUGGCGAUAACUCGUCUUCAGUUAAUUAGUGCAGAUGGUUUGUGAAAAUUGUUGUGCAGAUCGACAAUUUUUGGAAUUAUCUUUCUCUUCUCUAAUUUAGUAUUUUCAGUCGGAGCAAUCUGCUUCAAGUUUCGGAGGGCAAUGGCUUCCCUUUUCAAGGAUCCAUCAAAGCUUUCAGCAUAUAGGGAUAGAAGAUUUCCUGGAUCACAAGAGGAAUUUGAACAUGCACUUCAGACAUCAACGACUGUGUAUGUGGGUAAUAUGUCUUUCUAUACUACAGAAGAGCAAGUUUAUGAGAUUUUCUCCCGAGCUGGGGAGAUUAAGAAGAUAAUUAUGGGUUUGGAUAAGAACACGAAAACCCCUUGCGGCUUUUGUUUUGUCCUGUACUAUUCUCGAGAAGACAGUGAGGAUUCUUGCAAGUAUAUAAGUGGGACAAUUCUUGAUGAUCGUCCUAUUCGUGUGGAUUUUGAUUGGGGAUUCCAAGAAGGAAGGCAAUGGGGCCGUGGUCGAAGUGGUGGACAGGUGCGCGAUGAAUAUCGUACUGAUUAUGAUCCUGCUAGAGGCGGUUAUGGAAAGUUAGUUCAGAGGGAGCUGGAAGCACAAAGGCAGCUUGUAGAUUAUGGUGGCGAUUCAUUGGGCUCUUUUCCACCAGUUAUAACACCUCAGUAUGGUAGACGCGGUGGAAGCCAUGGUCGUGGGGGUUCUUAUCGUAGAGAUUACCCACGAAAGCGACAACGAGAUGAUGACCUCCAUGGGCAUGAGACCUCAAAGAGAACUUCAGAUCAUGAAUCCAGGAGAAGCUCUGACUACGACAUCAGACCGGAGAAGAAUCCUCGGUUUCGUGAGAGUGGCGACUCUGAUGAUGAUGAGGAAGAUGACCAGAAGAGACGAUCUUAGCCAGAUUCUUUCUACUGUAUUUUGAUAAAUAGUGUGGUUUUUUGUUUUUUUCGAUGGAAUAGUGUGGUUUGUUAUGGGCAUUUCUGUGUUCAAGUAGAAAUUUUUCGAAAUGUGAAUCUGUGAUUUAACCGUUUAAUGUAGUAGUGCUACUGUGAUAACAACAGAUCGUUCUGUUCUUUUUUUAAAUAUUUCUUUUACCCUAA